AUGGAUGGUGAUGACAAAAAAAGAGGUACAGAAGGAGGGAAGACGGGAAACCAGACUACUGAGGACGCUGGUGAUGAGGACAAAUGGACCAAAAACAAGCACAAUAAGCUGGAGAAGGAGAGCAGCGAGAAGGAGCCCAGCAAAAGGAAGAGCCGGUCCUGUCGGUGGAGGAAUGGCUGCGCCCUGUCCGAACGCAUCGCCAUCAACGUGUCCGGGAUGCGUUACGAGACCCACCUCCGCACUCUCUCCCAGUUCCCAGACUCCCUGCUGGGUGACCCCAAGCGGCGACUCCGCUACUUUGACCCCCUGAGGAACGAACUCUUCCUCGACAGGAGCCGCGUGUGCUUCGAUGCCAUCCUCUACUUCUACCAGUCCGGCGGGAGGCUGCGGAGGCCCACCAACAUCCCACUGGACAUCUUCUUGGAGGAGCUGCGGUUCUAUGAGCUUGGAGAGGAGACCAUCAGCCGCUUUAAGGAGGACGAAGGCUUCAUCAAGGAGGAGGAGAGGCCACUACCCACCAACAAUCUGCAGCGUCGCCUCUGGAUGCUGUUCGAGUAUCCUGAGUCCUCCAGCGGAGCCCGCAUCAUCGCCAUCAUCAGCGUCAUGGUGAUUGUGAUCUCCAUUCUCAUCUUCUGCCUGGAGACUCUGCCUGAGUUCAGGAAUGAGAAAGAACAGCGGGAGCAAUACACGACCGUACCUCACCCCACCAUCGCCAAUGAAACCAUCCUGAUCCCCCCCGUCUUUAACCCCUUCCUGGAUCCCUUCUUCAUCGUGGAAACGAUCUGCAUCUGCUGGUUCUCCUUUGAACUCGUCAUGCGCUUCCUCUGCGCCCCGAGCAAGGUGCACUUUUUCAAAGACUUCAUGAACACCAUUGACUUCUUCGCCAUCAUUCCCUACUUCAUCACUCUGGGCACGGAGCUGGCCAAGGACAAGGGGACGCAGCCGUCCGUGUCUCUGGCCCUCAUCAGAGUCAUCAGGCUGGUCAGGGUCUUCAGGAUCUUCAAGCUUUCUCGUCACUCCAAGGGCCUCCAGAUCCUGGGCCAGACGCUGAAGGCCAGCCUCCGAGAGCUCGCCCUGCUCAUCUUCUUCCUCUUCAUCGGCGUCAUCCUCUUCUCUUCUGCUGUCUACUUCGCUGAGGUGGACAGUCCCAAAACAGCGUUCACCAGCAUCCCGGAGGCCUUCUGGUGGGCUGUGGUCUCCAUGACGACGGUUGGUUACGGGGACAUGUACCCGGAGACGGUCGGUGGAAAACUGGUGGGCUCGAUGUGUGCCAUUGCAGGGGUGCUCACCAUUUCCCUGCCCGUGCCUGUCAUUGUGUCCAACUUCAGUUACUUCUACCACAGAGAGACUGAGUGUGAGGACACUACGGAGUUCCAACACGUCUCCACAUCACUCUGGGAAAAUAACCAGGAGGACGACGGGGAUGAUGACGUGAUGGACGAGGGGACUGGAAACACGGGGGACUCUGCCCCCCUGUAUGGGCAGAGCAGUCCCCUCAACAGGACUCAACUGGAUCAGAGAGAAGUGAACCUCAAGCAACCUCUGGUCACUCAGGUCUGACGUACAGCAGAUGAGCAGAUUCCUCUGUUGUGGAGAACCCCGGUUCAUGCCUCUCAUGGGCUCAUGGCUUUAACAUUUCUGGCCCCUGCAUGAUUAUAUUUGACUUACAAGUACACAAUAGUCAUCUGCUCUCUGUGAGUAAAUAAAGGUUCAUCUUCGCGCUGCUGUUUUAAAUGCACAUCAAAGUCCAGAUGAAUCCAAGAACAGUAGGUAAUCUGCUUCGCAGCCGCUUCACAGAAUCAAAAGGAAUUACUUUUAUUUCAUUAUACCUGCGUUUUUAAAAAAUCUAAUAUGUCCAAUAUGCCAGAAAUCAAAGCCUUAAAUGAAAGCAAAGCGCACAUUAAAGAAGAGUGUAACACAAGCCUCCUAUAAAAUCACAUCCCUCACAUCCUCCAGCAGAUGCUUCCUGCCAAUAGCUAAUUCGACUGUUAUGGGUAUGAAGCUGUACCCUAACAUCUGCUGGAUGCAUGUCAGCGCCCGGCUGCAGUUUGCUUUGGUUGAUGUCAUUAACCCGAGGCUCCACGUCCAAACUCUACUGUCAAUGUCUUAAUAAUUGCUUCUUCUUUAUUGUUACUUUAACUUUGCUCAAGCUCUGUCCUUACAACAGCUGUUGUGAGAUCCGCAUAUAUUCCUAGGGCUGAGGACAGUACGUGUAUGUAGCUGAAUCUUUCACUUUAAUAAAGAUGGAGUUUUAUCACGCAUGUCAUGGAUUUCUAAAUUCCUUCCACAUGGCUCACCAGGUUAUGGAGAGGCUGCACUAAUCUAAACAACUUUUAAAAGCAUCCCAGUGGAUGGUUAAGUAAUAUUAGACAAAUUCAAACUCUAUACUGGACUUUAGAGUUAUAGUUUUAAAACUAGAAACUAUUUAAAAAGCCAGUGAGGUGCACAGUACAUGUAUGUGCGGCGUGUCUGUUCUCUUCUGUCUCAUGUGAUGAGUGCUUCAACCUCUAGAUGUCAGACUGUGUAUUGAGACAGCAGAGCUGAACAGACUCAUUCAGAACAUAUGAUCCACAAGACUUAAAUCAUGUCACAUCUAUUCUCUCUGCUAUAUGUACAUAUGGUUUAUGUAGGAAAUCCUUCCUACUAGUGUGGUCAUGCAAAUAUGAUUAUUGUGAGCAUUUACAGCAUUUACUUAAAAUUAAAUACAGAUGUUUGGAAGAAACCUUUUACUGGUCUUUGUUACUGUUAAAUUCGACGAGAAUUAAACGACAAAAAGCGAAUAUAAGUUUAAGUGAUGGUAUAAAUGAAUCCUGUGGAAAAGUACACAACAGAAACAGGCAAUGGAAAAACACAUCCCUAUUAAUACAAUGAUUGCUGAUCCCAGGCAGAUCCUGAACAGCAGCAACCUGUGAGCUAUUAGUUCAUUACAGCGUAAAACAGUUUCCAGGAUCUUGAUGACAAAUUCACUUUGCAGAAUCAAAGCAAGACUGGAGUGAAGCAGUGUGACAGCAGAGAAUGGUGAAAUGAUGCACUUAAUAAUAUCUGAAAUAUUCUGAUCUAAACUGAGGCUAAUCUGUGAUCUAAUUACUACACAAUAACUAUAUCCAUCCACAGAGUCUGGCGGGACAAAUGUUACUCAUUAUUCGUGUGCUCAGAUCAAGUCAUAAACAUAGACAGAAUCAUUUUAUACUGUAUUUUCCUCUGGCACGUUUUAAACAAAAAUAAUCUGUUGUGAAUCAGUGUAUUGUUUAUACUGGAUGGAGUGAAAUAGAAGAAGAAGAAAGAGAAAUAUUUGUUGUAGUAGUAAUAUUUGACUUUGAUUCAUUUAAAAAUUCAUUGAAUUGUUUUGGUUCAUCUUCAGCUUCAACAUUAAUAAAAGAUUACUCAAAGA